AUGGUUGCCGAACGUAUUUGUUUGUGGUGCUCAAUUUUCCUUUACUAUCUUGAAAGUGCCAGUUCAAUUUCGGUGUAUUGGAACGUACCAACGAGAGUGUGCAUUAAGCGCGGCAUUGAUUUGGAACUGUCACGGUAUGGAAUUCGAACGAAUGCCGAUGAACGAUUUUACGGUAAUGAAGUAGUGACAUUCUACGAAGGCAAAAUCGGCUUAUAUCCAUUGUACAAUGUUAACCAAAAUGCCACGUACACUAUCAAUCACGGUUUGCCUCAGGUUAGUAGCAUUGUCAGGAGUCGGGCGACUAAUUCGCCAUAA